AUGGGGAUCCUCCUGCAGCUGACAAUUCUGGACCAUCUGAUGCGCCAAGGCAAACUUCACACUCUGUUAUUGAUCCACGAAAGUUUGCUGGAGGUCCAGACGAUGAAAGACCGAGUCGACAGCGGCGUCCAGCGUCGCUCGAUCAACCAAGCUCGACGAUUCGAUCCGGGAUUCUUGCAAGCAAGAUAG